CCCGCAGAGCCGCGCCGGCCCCGCAGCUCCCGCGCAUCCUGCAGCUCCGGCAGCUCCCGCGGCUCCCCGCUCCGGGACAGGCUCUGUGCGGUUGUAGGAGGAGUUUGCGGUCACCUCCCCCCUCCGAGGCGCUGCGGCCACAUUCCCUUGCCGAGGUACUCCCCCAGCCACCACGAUGUCCAGCAAACGUGCCAAAGCCAAGACCACCAAAAAGCGCCCCCAGCGUGCCACCUCCAAUGUCUUCGCCAUGUUCGACCAGUCGCAGAUCCAGGAGUUCAAGGAGGCUUUCAACAUGAUCGACCAGAACCGAGAUGGCUUCAUUGACAAGGAAGAUCUGCACGACAUGCUGGCUUCCCUCGGGAAGAACCCCACUGACGAGUACCUGGAAGGGAUGAUGAGUGAGGCGCCGGGGCCCAUCAACUUCACCAUGUUCCUCACCAUGUUCGGGGAGAAGCUGAAUGGCACCGACCCUGAGGACGUGAUCCGCAACGCCUUUGCCUGCUUUGACGAGGAGGCCUCGGGCUUCAUCCAUGAGGACCAUCUGCGUGAGCUGCUGACCACCAUGGGGGACAGGUUCACUGAUGAGGAGGUGGAUGAGAUGUACCGGGAGGCGCCCAUCGACAAAAAGGGCAACUUCAACUACGUGGAGUUCACCCGCAUCCUGAAGCACGGGGCCAAGGACAAGGACGAUUAGAGCCUGCGGCCACUCACCCCUUCUGCCCCAUCCCCUGCACACUGCCUGCCCCUUGGCCCCCCUUGCUGCCCCAUAGCAGACUCCUCCCAUGGGAAACACCUCCCAGGACCAUCACCCUGCAUCGGGACACGCUUGGAGGGGACACACUCCCAUCACUGUGCUGCUGUGUGCCCAUCCAGCCUUCCCCUCCCAUCACCUCUCCCACCCACUGGGCGCCCCAGCCUUGCUGUGACCUCCCCCCAGCAGCUACUGACCCCCUCAAAGUCACCAUGCCACUGGUCCCAGGGCUGGGGUGAGCAUCCCCUGCUGACCUGCAGGGAUUUGGGCUGGGUCCAGCCUGAGCAAGCCCCAUUCAGGCCCAUAGCACAGAGAAAAGCCUCUCUCCCUCUCCUCCCUCACUCCCCCUUCAGGAAAGAACCCCCACUUUGUUCCUCCUCCCUGGCUGUUUUAUGGCUUUAGAGCCUGAGAUCUGAGGGAUUCAGGAAGCUAGAGGUGUAUAAAGCCUGAUGGGUGUGACAGACAUGUGCUGUGUGUGGCUGCCUCGUGACCCUGUGCCCCCUGUGCUGUGCCCGGGGCUUUGGGAAGGUUUGGGCACUGCAGCUCCUCACCUCGCUGCCCAUGUCAGCCAGGGGCCUUUGCAAUGGGGCAGCCUGGUUUUGAAACCAAAUUGCUCUCAAAUGACAUAAAAUCAGCUUGAGCAUCAUUUUCUGCCUUAGCUGGUGGGCUGAAGGUCGUUCUGCUCGGCCCCUGUGUCAGGAUGGGCUGAGACACUUGGCAAGGUGCCAGCCAUGCUCCCCACGUCAGCUGCUCCAGGGUCCCAGGGGCUUGGCUGUCCUUCUGUGUCACCCUGGACAGGUCAGGGGGGAAAGAGACAGAGAUUAUAAGAAAUGGGGAGGAGGUUUGUCCCCUUGGUUUGGUUAUUUGUCACCACCAUGACAAGGGUGUGGGAGCAUGGGGCGCUCCCACCUUGACACCUUGUGAAGCUGUGGUCAUAAAUGCUGCUUGAAGCCUGCCCUGGAGGGAGGCAUGAGUUUCCAGCAAUUCUUUAUUUGAAAUGGGGGGACAAACCUACAAAACCUGGUGAGAGCAUAGUGCACGGCAGAGAUGCUACCAGUGCUGGGAAAGCUUGGGUAGGGUCUGAGGGAGCUCCAUGAGCAUUUGCUGGGCUCAGAGGCAUCAGACUUGUCAGGCCCCAGGUGAUGCUCUCUCACCUGGGAGGUGAUCCAUGAAUGAAUAGUUUCUCCUUGGUCUCAGUGCUCCUAUUUUACAGUCACUACUAACACCAGGAAAAAGGAACUAAAUUGUCAGAUGUAAAAGGGUGAGCUGGGAUCUCCAGGGAGUUCCCCACGGUCAGGGCUUGUGCUCUGCAGCAGCAGCCCCAAACCAGCCUCAAGGGUACCAAGCUUCUUCCCUAAUUCACUGCUGUGCCAGGGAAAACCUACAGUUCUCCCACAGCCAGAGAGAAUUCCCUGGCCUGAAGGCUUCUGGAGGCCUGGAUGCUUUAUAAAACCUCCUUCACUGUGACACCCAGCAGAGUGAGCAUCCCACAGACAUCACUUUAGGGCAGAGGAGCUGAUGCUGGAGCUGGGGACAGAUCAGCUCCCGGGGCAGCUGCAUCUAGGAGUGCUGCUCAGCCCCUCUGACCCCAAGGGAUUGUCCUGUGUGAGUAGCCCAGAUUCUCACAGUGCCAGGAGUGGGAUGGGCUCACUGCUGCUCCGAGCUGGGAACUGCCACUGGCUCCAGCCUGGGCCUGUCAGAGGUGCUGCCUCAAGCAGCUGCUAAAACUGCUUGGUCUGAGCUGCCUCUUCACUGGCAUGGCUGUGGUGGCACCGUGAGACUUUCAACCCCAAGGCAGCAAAGCAGAACAAAUUUGUUAUUGGACACGGGUAUUUAUGGGAAGAGUAAAUAAACUCACUCCACUGGCACAGGUUUCCCAGAGCAGCUGUGGCUGCCCCACCCCUGGAAGUGUUCAAGGCCAGGUUAGCCAGGACUUGGAGCACCCUGGGAUAGGAGAAGGUGUCCCUGCCCAUGGCAGGAGGAGGAAUGAGAUGGGCUUUAAGGUCCCCUCCAACCCAAACCAUUCUGGGAUUCGAUGAAUCUAUGAAACCCCUAAAUUAUCUGGGCUCAUGUGAACCUCAUGGAGUUCAACCAGGCCAAGUGCAAAGUCCUGCACCUGGGUCAGGGCAGCCCCAGCACCAGCACAGGCUGGGGCUGGGUGCGUGGGGAGCAGCCCUGGGAGAAGGACUUGGGGGUGCUGGUGGUGACAAAUUGGAUGUGACCUGGCCAUGGGCAUUGGUAGCCCAGAAAGUCAACUGUACUUGGGCAGCAUCAGAAACAGCAGAGGCAGCAGGUGGUCCUGACCUGACUCCUUUCAAAGGUAUUAAAUAGCAGCAAAAGAAAGACAUUCAUUUCAGAAAUGUUCACUUGGGGCAGGGGGACACCAGGUUAGGUGAACCUUCAGGUCAGUCUAGAAGAGCUGCUCCGAGACCAGAAGUGUCUCCUGAGCUUGGAGGGCCCCUCCUGUGUGUCACUUGGUGCCCGAGGCCCCUGGGGCUGUCCCUGGCUCUGUCCCCUCUGCAGCCUCCCCCCGGGUAUUUAUCCCCAGGGAUGAGAUGCCCUGAGCCUGCUCUGCUCCAGGCUGGGCAGUGCCAGCUCUCUCAGCCUCUCCUCACAGCAGAGAUGCUCCAGUCCCUCCAUCACCUUCAUGGCCCUGUGCUGGACUCUGUCCAAUCUGUCCCUGUCUCCAGUACUGGGCAGCUCAGCUCUGGGCUGGGUCUGUGGCAGCUCCCAGUGCAGCCCAGGACCCCCUGACCCCAGAGUGUUUGCUUUUGUCAGUGCUGUGAGCUCCAUCCUGGUGUCCCCACACUCCUCUUGCCAUGUCGAGAUGUGGGUUAGAGGAACAUCAGAGAGCAAAAGGGUACAGCAGUGCCUGCUGAGAGGAUCUGUCCUGCCCUACGGCCUCCAGGAAGGAAUCAGAGCAGAGCUUCCCCGUGGGAAGGGGCAGGAGGAGAUGGAGGGACUGCAGUGCCCAAAAGAGGAGCUCCAGCUGGAGCCCAGCUCCCAGGACCAGUCUUACUGGGGGAAUCCCAGCCUGCAGCAGGUCCAGUGGCCCUGAGCAGGGAGCAGGACUUGCUGCUGGAGCUGUGGCCCCAAGGGCAGGGUGGCAGCAAACAGCCAGUACAGCCAGCCACAAAUCCAAUUUGCCUUGCUAAAAAUGCAGAUUGAAUAUCAGAGGGUGGGCAAAGGAUGGAGAGUCCAGUCUGGGAAGUGUCCAGAAGAUUCCAGCAUCCCCCUGGGGUUCCAAGCAUUCCCCUGGGAGUUCCAGCACUUCCCCUGGGAGUUUCAGCUUCCCCUGGAUUUCCAGCAUCACCCUGGGGUUCCCAGAAUACCUCUGGGUUUCCAGCAUUCCCCCUCAGGCCCUUGUUGGCUGAUUGUUGUUCAAAUUGCUGAAGUUUAACAGUA